GUCGGUCUGGAUCCCGGGGUCGAACUACCUGUCAUGUCUUGCUGCCUUGCCUAUCCGGGUAUGCCAUGUCCUUUGUACAUAUUUGAACCGCAAUUACGGGGCAUGAUACGCCGCGCUGUGAACUCCGGCUCGAGACGUUUCGGUUUGUUCUCCUCCGGUUCGCCCGGUUCCCCCAUAGCCGAGAUCGGAACUAUUGUACAGAUUACAAAUCAUGAAACAUUACCCGACGGGAGGAUACUGAUCGAUACCAAGGGUUGUGAUCGCAUACGGGUGAUCAGCCAGCGUGUUCUCGAUGGACUAGUGCAUAUCAAGUUUGAGUUCUAUCGUGACCUGCCUGUUCCAGAGCAGAAUAAAGAAGAGAAUCUGCAGCUAUCUCUGACACAUUUGGAUAAGUAUCUGGCGAUCGACUAUUCCAUCGGUUUGGGGAUACAGGACCAUCCAGCGGCUCUGUCGCAUUAG